GUUCCGGUGUGGCGUGGCGUGGGAAUCUCCCGGGUUUUGAUUUCUGUUUUCUUCUUUCUUCUUUCUUCUUUCUUCUUUCUAUAUCACACUCAAACACUGUUAGAAAUGUCUUCAAAGCCUACUGCGAAGAGAAAGAGAAAGCGAAGCAAAUCGAAUAUUUUAUUAAUUUUAACCAAGAAGUAAUGGAAAUUUCAGUCCCCCUAAAGAAGAUUGAAGCUGAUAAUCGGUUCCCGCUCUCUUUCUACUAUAGAAUCGCCAAUCAACUCGUCAACCAGGCCAAGGUCUAUAGGGAUGACCAAAACGUUGAUGAUCUCUGCACAACUCUCAACAGAUAUUGCAGACUUUUUGAUGUUAUACCUCAACAUCGGAGUUACUCUAUCUAUUCUGCAAAAGAGAAGCUUCAUCACAACAAGAUACAUAAGGAGUUUGUCAAAGAAUUGGAAAUUUUGAAGCCUCUACUUGGCCGUGAUCUUCAGUCUCCAAACAACCAUUCCCUUUCAUGUUCCAACAAGGGGAAGGUCAAGUGUUGUGGUACAGCAGUAACAAAAAGUCUGAGAAUUUAUGAAGAGAAAACUGGGUUGGUAUCAGUAAUGACCGUCGGUUCAGCCAUUGAUUCCUCACCACUUGAACCCCUUUGUUCUGCCCCCGCUACUACUGAUAAGGAUUGGAAUGUCCAUGUGCAUGUUGUCACACAGUCCGUCCCUUCUCCUGCUAUUUCCCACACUGAGAGCAUGCCUCAGGCUGCACAUAUUUGGCUUCUCACUUCAGAUUCAAGAAAUGACCAUUCAAAAUCUUCAGUUGCUGGAUCGUCAGAAUCUAAGGUCCUUCAAGAUAUUCAUAUUUCAGCAAGAUUGAUGGAAGAUUUUCUUGAACUUGCUAGAGAUAACACAAAUAAGGACCUGGAAACCUGUGGGGUUCUCGGUGCUUUCCUUAAGAAAGGAACCUUCUAUGUGACCACCUUAAUAGUGCCUAAGCAGGAGUCAGCUUCCAAUUCUUGUCAGGCACUAAAUGAGGAGGAGAUUUAUGCCAUACAAGAUGAACAGUCCCUCGUUCCCAUAGGAUGGAUCCAUACACAUCCUUCUCAAGGUUGUUUCAUGUCAUCAAUAGAUUUGCACACUCACUACUCUUAUCAGGUGAUGUUACCCGAGGCCAUUGCAAUUGUCAUGGCUCCAACUGAUAAAUCAAGGAACUAUGGAAUAUUCCGGCUAUCUGACCCUAGUGGAAUUACUGUCUUGAAAGAAUGCCAGGAGAAAGGGUUCCACCCCCACCAAGAACCACCCGAUGGAAGUCCCCUUUACGAGGAUUGCUAUAAUAUUUAUAUAAAUCCAUAUCUGAGGUUUGAAAUAUUUGACCUACGCUGAUAUUGUAGGAUAUGCAUUUAUGCAUGCGUGUUGAUGGGUGGUGAUGUGUAUGCAAAGCGAAUUCACGUCAGAGAGCUGGACCUGGAAAGCAAUCCUUUUCUACAACAUUGUAAAAUUAAAGGCAUGAUGUUAGCUAUAUCUCACGAGGGAAUGUUUAUUAAUCCUCCUGAAAAGAUGCAUGUAUUUGUAAUUAAUUACCUAAAAACAUUGACAUGGUAUUAUCCGUCACAUAGUCUGAUUGAUCGAACUGAGCAGUAAGGAAUAAAAUGAUUUUUAAGUCGUCCCGGCAGUUAACGUGAA